AGAAAAACUAACAAUCCAGGAAGUUUCCCGAAACUCCUGACCGGCAGCAGUGUGGAAGAGAUGGGAGAGGAUUCGGUGCACUUCCCGGUGGCUGUAAUUCUACCAGCGGCUGGUUGUGGUGAAAGAACGGGGCUGCCAACACCAAAACAGUUCUGUACCUUCCUAAACAGACCUCUUAUUAGCUACACCAUUCAAACGUUUGAGAGAAUCCCGUGGAUUAAAACUAUCGUUGUUGUAGCUGCCAAGGAAAGCUAUGACCUAAUGCAGAACAUUGUUCACAAGUUUCAUCACUCAAAAGUGAAAGUGGUUGAAGGGGGAAAUACAAGACACCGGUCCAUCUUCAAUGGCCUGAAAGUGUUCAGUGAUAGCACAGAGUGUCCAGCUCUGCCAAAACCCAGAGUAGUCAUCAUCCAUGAUGCAGUGCGGCCAUUUGUAGAGGAAGACUUUUUACUGAAAAUCACACUUGCAGCCAAAGAGCAAGGGGCUUCUGGAGCCAUCCGGCCUCUCGUGUCCACAGUGAUUGCCACCACCUCUGAGGGUUACCUGGAUCAUUCUCUGGAGCGGGCAAAGUACAGAGCCAGUGAAAUGCCACAAGGUUUCCUCUAUGAUGUCAUCUAUCAGGCCUACCAACAAUGCAGCGAGCUUGACUUUGAGUUUGGCACAGAGUGCCUGCAUUUGGCCAUGCAGUACAGCGGCACCAGUGCCAAGCUCAUUGAGGGACCACCGACUCUGUGGAAAGUGACUUACAAGCGAGAUCUGGCUGCCGCAGAGUCUAUAAUCAAAGAGACCCUCUUGCUGUCAGCGUGCCUAAUCUCAGGAGCCAUGGCGGAAACUGCGGAACUGGCCAGUAAACUCCAAAAGAACCUGGCAGUCCACCACAUGACUGUGAACCUGGUCCCAUGUGUUAGGGGAAAUAAUGAGCUACUGUUAAAGACCAGGAACUUUAUUCAAAUAUCAGUAAUGGCCAGUGGGGCAUGUUUAUCUGCAACAGCAGAAAUGGUACAGAUGUUUGAGGAGACAAAUCAUGCUCUUUUAUAUCCGGUGGUUAUUAUAUGGGUUCAUUUAUACACAUCAGAAGAUACAUCACGCACACAAAAGAAUGAUGAGCUGACGGCCAUCAUGGAUCUAUCUACUAAGCUCAAACAGGGAAAUAUUUUACUCUACGGCAUUAAGAUUGUUUACUCAGAGGUUCCUGAGCAGUGGGAGAAGUCUGUAGAGAGACUAUCAGACAUAACAAUGUCUCUCCUCAGAGACAGAAACCCUGUCUUUACUGGACAGCUCUUACAGGCCUAAAACACCAGAUUCAUCAUCAUGCGUUGGACUGUUUUUAAUCGACAGUGUUAUGCAGCCCCAUAUACACAUUUAACUUUAUUAAAAAAGAUAAACACAUGUUUAAA